AUGUAUGUACAGGUGUCUCGACAUACCCAAAGACUGUCUGACGAAGCCCACGAUUCUUACGACCCAUCAACGUUUACGACCUUUGCACGGCAACGCCAGCCGACUGUUCAGCGACCUUCUUCCUCUACUUCGGUAGAACCUCCCUUUCGACCUCCCAGCGCCGCUGACUCCCAGCGUACAUUACGACGUGUUCGCCGCCAGCCAGAAGCUCGCCAGUCACUUCACCGUCGAGCUGUAUCCUUAGGUGCUCCGAGCUCACGACCUAAUCGACCCCAGCCGGCGCAUACUACCCCGGUCCCUGUGCAACACCCUCCACCCAGUGGCAUUGCAGCUCUACGUCCGGCCCUUUCCGAAGUACACACUGACGAUAACGGGUCGACCAUCGACGACCCGUACCAGCUUCUCACUACUUCAUAUUGGCCCCAGAGGACUACCGGAGUUUCGUCACGCACCGCGUCGGCAAUCUUAUACGCCCUUGAGGACGCCAUACGCGGACCGUUACAGCUUUCUACGGACUGGGACGAGGUGAAUGCGUCCAUGUCAGACAUGGUAGGUGUUGCUGGCCCCGCUGGGCCUGUGAGCAAUGGCCGCGUUCAAAACGGCGGAGCUCGUGUGCCCCCAAACCCCAUUUCAGGCUCGUCACAGCCCCCGAGUGGUAUGAGGACACCUACAGAUAUAAUGAGGCAGCGUCGGGACCGCGAGGCUCGCCGCAAAGCCGAACACGAUGCCCGAGAGCGGGAACAGGAAGAUUUGGAACGGCAACAGGAACAACAGGCUCACGCUGAGGCCCAGGCCCAGGCCAAAGCUCAACAACACCCCGCUGGCGUUGCCGGCGAGAAUGUCUCCCAGCAAAGAAGUCGAGUGCCCAGACCAUCAAGGGGGCCGGAAGGGCAGCAGCCCGAAGCCGCACCCGUCUCUUCAGGCCCAGCGCCCGGUUAUCGAGCGGCAGUUGAUGCCUCGAAUGGCCGAGCCGCUGAAUACCAGACUGCACCGCCCACAACUGCUGCAGCACCAGUGACUAGCCAGUUACGCCCGGCACCAGCAUCAGGUCAACAACCCCAACACGGUCGCUCACAGAGUGCCGCGGCCCUUGGAGCUCAGACUGGAGCUGGCGGCUUCACCAAACCUACCGCCCAGGCCCCACCAGCAGGUCAACCCAGCUCCCAACAAACCCUUCAGCAACCCAAACGCGUUGGAUUCCCGCAUGCGUUCGAGCGAUGGGAGACGCUAUCUUCUCAUUGGGAAGGUCUCACCAGCUAUUGGAUGCGCAAGCUUGAACAAAACAAUGACGACCUCGAGCGGGAUCCGAUCAGCCAACAAUUGGCCCGACAGAUCACAGACUUGUCCGCCGCGGGUGCAAAUUUGUUCCAUGCUGUUGUUGAACUGCAGCGCUUGCGAGCCUCCUCGGAGCGCAAGUUCCAGCGUUGGUUCUUUGACACUCGCGCCGAACAGGAACGAUCAAAGGAAACACAGGCGGAUCUCGAACGUCAGCUCAAAGCAGAGAGACAAGGCCGGGCCGAUGCUUUCGCUGCCGCCCAAGAGGCCGAGAAGGAUAAACUGAAGGCCGAGGAACUUCUCAAAGAAAUGCGCCGCGAACUUCAAAUCUCCAAGGAAGAAGCACGUCGUGCUUGGGAAGAGCUUGGUCGCCGUGAGCAGGAAGAAAGAGACCGAACCAACUCCCUCCGUAAUGGAGAGCCCACGCUUGUCGGCGGCGUCCAGGUCGUCCCAAUGGUCUCUGGUCUCCCAAGCCGCCACAACUCAACUCGCCCACAGACUCGCGAGGGCUCCUACCCCAGCGGCCCGGCCACAGGCACAGAUGCCUACGGCAAGUCUGUAGACUCAAGUGCAAGUGGCCAGUACUACCACGACGGCACGCCAAUGUCACCCACCGGUUCCGACCCCUUCAUCGAGCCCAAAAAGACAGACCCCCCGGCCUCCAAACUCCCCUACUCGGCCCCCCUCUACGAGCACGAAAACACCGCAGACCAAUACCCCCCAACCUCCGAGCCCGACGAGCGCUCCUACGUCGGCAGCAGCGAAGCCGGCGAUGAAGAAUACGGCCACUACCCCCACGACCCGCAGCAGCACUUCAACUACCCGCCAGGCCCCUCAUCCGAAGGAAGUGAAGAGUACGCCCACGACCCCGCUGCCGGCGAGUACAUGCCCGAAGGGUCUUUCAUCUCCACCUCCGCAGCUUCCUCCGCCCCCACGCAAGCCCCGUACCCGCCCACCUCGGCGGCAGACUACAGCGGCGCAGGAUGGGGCCCGGGCACGGGAUGGGAGUCCAUGACCCCUCGCCAUCGCCACCCCACGCGUCUCAGUGAUGUCCUCGAAGAAGACGAGCCCAGCCGCACGAGUCCUAGCCGCGCUAGCUUGGCUAGUCGUAGCCAGGCGAGUCGCAGCCAGGCUAGCAGGAGUAUCCUUUAA